UACUGGACGCUAGGGAAGCAACAAGCUUGAUUGAAUCACAAAGCCUAUGCUACAAUAACGGGACCGCUAUUUAUCCGUUUAUAUUCAGAAGCAAGCCGUACAUUUGGUGAAGCUGUGUAGGGGAGAUGUCGGCUGUGUACAAAGACGACCAGGAUGACUGGAUGACAGUCUGCCUCAAGUACCUCCUCUUCGUCUUCAACGUCCUCUUCUGGGUUGGUGGAGCGGCGGUGAUGGGCGUGGGCAUUUGGACCUUGAUAGACAAGAGUGACUACCUGAGCCUGCUGGCCUCCAGCACCUUCGCCGUGUCCGCCUACAUCCUCAUCCUGGCCGGGGCCCUGGUCAUGGUCACGGGCUUCCUGGGCUGCUGCGCCGUCAUCAGGGAGCAGAGGAGCUGCCUGUCCACGUAUUUCUGCUGUCUGUUGCUGAUCUUUCUCAUAGAGCUGGUGGCAGGAGUCCUGGCCUAUGUGUAUUACCAGAGGCUCAGUGAGGAGCUGAAGCAGCACCUGAAUCAGACCAUGACAGAGAACUACGCCCAGCCAGGGAAAGAGGCCAUCACCCUGGCCGUGGACAGACUACAGCAGGAUUUCAAGUGCUGUGGCAGCAACAACUCGUUUGAUUGGCUGCACAGUGUGUAUGUGACCUCGGCUGAGUCGGAGCGCAGGGUGGUCCCGGACAGCUGCUGUAAGACCAUCACCACCCUCUGUGGCUGCAGAGACCACCCGUCCAACAUCUACAAGACUGAGGGUGGCUGCAUCACCAAGCUGGAGCAGUUCCUGGCUGACCACCUGCUGAUCAUUGGAGCUGUGGGGAUAGGAGUGGCCUGUCUACAGCUGGCCGGGGCCAUGUUGACGGCCUGCUUUAUCUAUCUGCUGUAUAAAGAAGAGGAGGAGGACUUCUCUGCCGUGUGAUUGGCUAAGCCUCUGUCUGGUCACACUCAGUGGGGACAGGACAAGAUCUGUGGGAUGAUGUUCACAUGCUGCCUACACAGAAGGAUUAAGUUGGACCCUUAUUGAACCCUACAGUCCAGCCCCCCAACACCAUCCUGCCUCACGGCCCAGGGAGCAACAAUGCCUGCUGAACACUCAACCUUGACCUCUAACCCCUCCUGACCUCUGAACCUUACAAUCCAACCCUGCCUGGAUCCUUCUGCACCCCUGCCUUGGCUUGGAUGCAUUCACAGCCCCCCACUCUCUCAAAGACAAGGCCAAUGAAGAAGAGAUGCUUUGGUAUUUUGGUGUAGUUCUUUUCUGUAGUAAGCCUACUGCUGUUUAUGUAAGGUAGUUCUUACUGUAUGUUGUCAAUACAGUCAAAUCCUUACUGUAGAUUUCACAGUUAUCAACAUUCCACACAACUGGAAGGCAAACUGAAGUGGUUGUGACUGAGAAUCAAGUGUACUGUACACACUCUCAUGGUGUUGCUGCUUACGAAUGGUUGAUCAUUGAAUUAGUGCUAUAUCCAGUGUGUCACGGAUGUGGACCACAAUGUGCCUCUGUCAUCGUUUUAUCACGUAUUCUCUGAUAGCUUUGUUACACCGAUUUAAUGGUUCAGCACAAAGGGAAUCCCAUGGUAAUCGAUGUUUGAUCUACAUCACAAAGAAAAACAAUCAUGAGUUGAUUGAUACCCACAGAAUAAUCGAGUAGAUAUAGUGAAAACUCCAUUAUGUGUAUAUAGAUGAUAGCAAAUCUUGAUAUUAAUGAAAAUAGCACUAAACGCUGCUAAGAGUAACGUUGCACCUAACAUUUCUGUAUGUGUUGCCUCCGUAGUUUGACUAACAAAUCUCGUUCUGUGUUGUAUGCUAUGCUAAACCUACACUACCACUCAUCUUUCAAUCCCAGGACCAACUGACUUGUUUUACGGACACUUUUAUUAUGCUGGAGAAACAUGUUGUCAUUUACCACUGAUACGGGGUCAGAUCUUUCUACGUUCCCCCUACUGGUUAGAUUAGGAUUCAGGGGUUAUGGGCGACUUCUGAGGUUUGAACUGUCAUGAGUCUGUCCUCUCCUCUGGAGGUGAGGACAGACUCUCCUCUAGUGGUGGAUAUUGGUAUAUACUCCUGUGUAGUGCUCCGGUAGUAUUCUGCGUAGGGUUGCAAAAUUCUGAGAAUGUUCAAUACAUUUUCUGGUUCUCCAGAAAUCCUGGUUGGAGGUUUCUGGAUUUCCUGCUUAUUCCCUCCUGAUUCAAGGAUUCCUCCAACCGGGAUUUCAGGGAAACCAGGGAAUUUGUUGAAAGUUCCCGGAAUUCUGCAACCCUAAUUCUUUCUCAUUGAUUCUGGAGCAGCCAGGCAGCCUUGGAUCGACUACUGCCUUUAAAGACUAACUACAUUCCUGUGAAGGCAUGAGAUAUAUUUGAUUGUUUUGCUGUUAUUCAAAGAGAUGAAGACGCGUAUGCAGAUGGUAUUCUUUUCUAUUCCUCCAAGUGGCCCACCGAAAGCUAUUCUUGCUGUUCAUGCAUUUUUCUAAUCGAAAUGGGUCAAAAUAUUAUAUAACAUUAUAGUAUGUAUAAUAUAAGAAAUAUAUAAUAAAACAUAUAAGAUAUGA